AUGGACCUAGACCCUCAGCACAUGGCCAGGCAGUCCAGGGCGGCCAGGAGCUGGGUCCAGGAUUCUGGGAAAAAACCUCUAUAUCUGACCAACUUACCGACGACCCUGAUCAAGUUAGGCCAUUUAGAGAAUAAGGAAAAAAGCCAGGGCCGUCACCACCACCCCCAAGAAUGGCAAUUCAACCCGGAGGAGGGUUGCGGGUUAAGCUGCUUGGUGAUCCCCUGGUGUCAGCGCUUCAAUAACAUCCGCUGCUUCAUGGUUUUCUUCUGCAUCCUGCUUGUGUCUCAAGGUAUUGUGUUUGGCCUCACAGACCUGAGCAUUGCCAACUUGCAGAAGGACUAUAAACUGAAAACCACUGAAAAUUUCUUCCUGACAUUUGGUUAUGAUAUUUCGUCUGGCCUGGUAGCAAUAUUUAUAGCCUACUACGGAGGAGGACAAAGGAGAAUGAGAUGGAUUGCCUUGUCUUCAUUUUUAGUAGGAUUUGGAUCCCUUUUAUUUGCUUUUCCAUACUUUAAUAGUGGACAUAUUCAACAGGAGGUGGAAAUUGAAGAUAUUUGCCAGGAGUUGAAGGUUAUCAGUGGCUGCCGGAGAAGCAUGUCCAGCUUCAAAACAAAAUACGUGUUUUACUUCCUCCUGGGGCAGAUGGUGCAGGGCAUAGCGGGAAUGCCUCUUUACAUCCUCGGGGUGACCUUCCUUGAAGAUAGCCUCGCCACACACUCAGUGGGUAUCUAUUUAGGCAUUGCAGACGCUGCGUCCGUGUUUGGAUAUGCCUUGGGGUAUGUGAUCGGAGCACCACAAGUUAAGGUCUUGCAAAACAGGUCCACUUCUGAGAUAAUCGAUGUCAGUAAUCAGUGGACACAGUCCUGGUGGAUUGAUUUUAUUUUUGUCACUCUUAUCGCAUGGUCUACGUUAAUACCAUUAUCAUGCUUUCCACCCACUUUAACAGCUCCAACAAAUAUAAAAGCUGGGAAACAUAAACAGCCUCAAUUGCUUGACAGAAAAUAUAAGGAUCCAGAAGCUGGAUUGAAUAUCAAGGAUUUGUCUGUUUCCAUCUGGAUUCUGAUAAAGAAUCCAAUAUUUAUGUGCCUCACUCUGUGUAAAGCUUCAGAGAGUCUGGUUCUCAUUGGAGCUGCUGAAUUUCUGCCGACCUACCUAGAGCACCAGUUUGUGUUAACGUCCAGUUUUGCGACCGUGAUUUCAGGGCUUGUUUUAAUUCCAGGAGGCGCACUUGGCCAGUUUCUGGGAGGUUACAUUGUUUCCACAUUAGAAAUGUCCAGUAGAGCCCUUAUGAUGUUUAUAAUAGUUACAUCUACUGUAACAAUUAUACUACUUGUGUCUAUAAUUUUUAUACACUGUGAUCAGGCCCAGAUGGCUGGAAUCAGUGAAAACUACUAUGGAACCGGGCAGCUGGGAAUCCUCACGGCUCCUUGCAAUGAGCAAUGUAAAUGCUCAUCGUCAUUUUAUUCUCCUAUCUGUGGAAGGGACGAUAUUGAAUAUUUUUCUCCGUGCUUUGCAGGCUGCACGCAUGGUAAAGUGUUAGACAAAAAAAAGACGUACUACAAUUGUUCUUGCAUUAAAGAGGGACUAAUAUCCGCAGACAAAGAAGGUGAUUUUAUCGAUGCCAGCCUGGGGAAAUGUGAUACAAAGUGCUAUACAUUACCUUUGUUCAUUGCUUUCAUGUCCUCUAUAAUCAUAUUUUCCGGGUUUUCUGGUGUCCCGCUCACCAUGGCAGUCAUCCGAACCUUACCUGACAAACUGCGGACUCUGGCCUUGGGGAUAAGCUUUGUGAUUGUGAGAAUAUUUGGGACUAUUCCUGGACCACUAGCGUUUCAAAAAUCAGAAGGAUUUUCUUGCACUUUUCGGGAUACCAACACAUGUGGGGACACGGGACACUGUUGGAUCUACAAUGUGACAAAAAUGGCCUACCAACUGAUGGGAAUAUGCCUACGACUUUUUGGCCGCUAG